GUGUCGUCUGCUAUAUUACUUCCUGGUGUUUGUGUAGUUAGAUGUGUAACCUUUGCAUGCUGGUGUAGUAAAUGAUCCAUAAACAUAUGGUGGAAACAAACCAAGCAGCUUUUAAAUGGUUAAAAUAAUUACCAGAAUAUCGGAAGUUUUGAAGUGAUAAAGAUUGGUUGUCUCUAUCAUCAUUGUGGAUCUGUUUACUUCACAUGAAUAUUGACUGUAUAUUUCCUGGCUUUAGAAGUUAGAAUCAUAUAUAUGCCAUUUGCAAUUGGAUAUUAACCAUUUAAUUACCACACUUGGUGGUAUCACAUGAAGAAAUGUAAUUUGAAUGAAAUGACAUGGUAGAUAGUUUUGAUCUUCUCAGAAAAUCGCUUAAUGGAUAUAACUCUACAUAAAGGUGUUUAGUUAUUAUGCUACUGAGAUAGAGAGAACAGAAAUAACUAUAGCAAUGGCUCAUCAUGGUAAUACAAGACCUAUUGUUCUAUUACCCACUCCUAACUCUCAAAAUAAUGCACAAGCUCAUCCGAAUUUAACGCAUAAUCUUCAGCAAAAUACAAGACAACCGUUUCAGAAUUUUACACCUAAUCAUCAACAAAAUACUGGACAAUCAUUUCAGAAUUUUACACCUAAUCUUCAACAAAACACUGGACAGCCGUUUAAGAAUUUUACACCUAAUCUUCAACCAAAUACUGGACAACCGUUUCAGAAUUUUACACCUAAUUGUCAACAAAAUACUGGACAACCAUUUCAGAAUUUUACACCUAAUCUUCAACAAAAUACUGGAAAAUCCAAUCAGAAUUUCACACCAAAUUUUUCACCGAAUACUAACUUUAUUAAUCAUCCUAAUACGGUGAAUCCUAAUCCAGGAUUUGCACAGACAGUAAAUCCUAAGCCAGGAUUUGUACAGCCACCUUCUUAUAAUUUUGGACAACAUGGAGUUCAGAGUAUUAAUACAGGAAACCAGCAGUUUAACCCUCAGCAAAUGCAUCAGCAAGUAAGACCAAGUGGGAACCAGUUUAAUGUACAAGCUGCAAGAGCAAAUAUAAAUCAUAAUGUUAAUAAUUCAAGACAGCAACCUGUAGGUUUUAAUGCAGACCAGUUUGCAUUUGGCUCUAAUGCAGCAAAUCAUGGACAACAAUUUGCACAGAGCCCACAGUAUAAUAGAUUCAUAGCUUGUGAUAGACCCCAAACUAGACAUGUCAGUCCUCCUCAGACUCCAUUAACACAGUCAACGAUUAGACCGUCAGGACAAACAAAUCAGAGUUUAGGACUUUUACGACCUCCAUCACAACAUGGUGUAAACAACAACAAUAACAACGUCAAUAGAAAUGUAGGUAUUGGAAAUCAGUGUCACUCAGAUCAUAGUAAUGUCUCAAAAGGGGCAGGACAUGCUAAAGAAAAAAGGCCAACAGCUUUUCAUCACAAACCCCAAGUUGGAAUUCAGACAAAAAAUCCUCUCAUAUCUUUUAAUCAACAAAAAACAUCAUCUGUAGGACAAGGUUACAAAAGACGAAGUUUGUUAAGCACUCCUUCAGUAAACAAACUUGUUAAAAAUGUUACUAAAACUAAAUAUGGCAGAGUAACAAGGAGGGAUAUUCCAAUGAAACAGUCAUAUGGGGCACAUUCUAAAGGGCGAAAAAUAUCUCAUGGCUAUAUUCAAGGUGUUCAAAAUAAUGUGGCAAAGAUGACAUUGAAAUCUGAGCUUAAAAUUAACCAAAGAAGUGACACCUCAAAACAGAAACCAUUCGAGAUUAGAGAAGUUCAAAAGGUCAAGGAACAAGAAAAUGUGACAGAAAAAGGUCACUUUGAAGGUCAACAAGGAUUAGAUACCAGUAGCUCAUCAAUAGAAAUUGUUCCAAAGCUCAGUCAACUUCAAAUCUCUGAGGUCAAUAAAGAGAGAAAUGUUUCAUAUAGUUCAGUUAAUCCUAAAGUAAGCAGAGACAUGACAAAUCUCAUUCAGGUCAAAUUAGAUCAUGGCAGUGAAAAUAUAAAUUCUAAAUUACAUACAACACAACCUGAAGUAAAGCCUACUUUGGAUUCAAAAGAUGAAAUGAAACAUCACAUGGAAGUUCAGUCUAGUUAUGGGUCUAAAAAUUCAGAUGUCAAGGUCAAUAAAUCAAAUACUGACUUAUCCAGUGAUACACAGCUUGGAAGUUCAAAGGUCAAGGUCAAUAAAUCAAAUACUGACUUAUUCAGUGAUACACAGCUUAGAAGUUCAAAGGUCAAGGUCAAUAAAUCAAAUACUGACUUAUCCAGUGAUACACAGCUUGGAAGUUCAAAAGUCAAGUUGGAAAUAAUAAAAGAUGAUUUUAUACCUAGUGACAAAUCUCUCAAAAGUCCAGGUGUAAUGACUAUAGGUUCAGAGGCAAAAAAAAAUUAUGUCGCUAAAAAGUUUACAAUAGAGAAAACAAAUACAAAAAUAGAAAGAAAAACAGAAAAUUUAUUGAGUAAAACAAAGAUGAACAUCAAUGAGAAAUCAAUACAAUCUGGUUCUAAUUCACAAUUAGAUAUAACUGGUAGGAUACCUACUGCAACAUGUGUGGAAAAAAAUAAAUCAAAUGAUAAAAAGUCAACAGCUGUUUCUAAUGUUGCGCAAUCAAACCUUUCUGGUCAGACAUAUCAAAUCGCUAAAAGCAUUAAGGCUUUGAUAAAGCAGCUUGACAAGCAAAAUAAAGAUGUCAAAAACAAAAAGUUACCAUGUACAAGUGAGGAAAAUAUCUGUUCUGGUGAAAGUCAUAUAAGUAAGGGGUUAAGUGAUAAGAAAGAUAGAGUAAAAAAGGGGGGGAAAUACUUCCUUUCGAAAGCUAAAGGUGAAAAUACAAAAGCAAGAACUGCAAAAAGAAGAGAUGAUGAAACAACUGCUUUUGGUGGUAGUGAGAAUUCAAAUAAGGGAGAUAACAUUGAAAUUGGACAUAAUGAAAACAAAUUUACUGCUAAAUGCGUAGUAAAAUCCACAGGAGCACCCGCUGAAAGUGAACAAGUUGAUGUACCAGCAUGCAAAGCAACUCAUACAAAGGACAGCAUAAAGUUGCAAAAUAGUUCAGAAAUAAAAAUGUAUUCAAGGUCUGAAAAAAGUGAGACUUCUGUAAAGGAAGCUUGGGUGGAUAAAAAGUCACAUGAUUUGGUUGAAAUGUCUGGUGAUAGCGGUAAUGUAAUUGAAAAACAAAGCGAUACAGAGUCUAAAAGAAUUGUGGAAAAAAUGGAUUCUAAAAUAUUGUGGAAAAAAACACAACAAAGCUCAUUAAAGAAGGAAGUUGAAAAUAAACAUUUAAAAGGGGAUGUAUCAAUUGAUAAGUUGGAGAGUGGUGAUGUUUCAAGCCAUAUGAUAGAUGUGUCAAGUCAUCAGAUAGACAAUAAUAACACAGAAAGAGUUCCCAUUGAAGAAAAAACACUGAGUGAAAGUAAGAAAAAUAACAUAGCAUCUAUAAAAGUUGUGAAUGAGAUUGAGGUUAGUGGGGUCAUUGUAGGUCAAGAGAGUUCAUCAUUGGAUCAUGUAACUGACAUUGAAGUUUCUGUUGAUACAGACCCUGAUAUGUAUCCUAGAUUUAAUAACUGUGGCAACCCCUCACAAAGAGGGCGAUUAAAUCAGAACUACUACAAUGCAAGGCAAGAUGAGAGAUAUCGUCAAAGUUACGAAAAUCAAAGAGAUUUUCAAUAUCCAAGAGAAAGCUAUGACAGACGGGAUAUCCCCUUUAAUCAGCAUCCUAAUACUAAUAGAAAUCAUUAUGAGAAUUAUCAAAAAAAUUACCAAGGUGAUGACAGACGUUGCUAUGACGACUAUCAUGAACAAGAUAGUUUCACCCGCCCACCAAUACAUAAUCGUAGAUAUAAUGAAGGAGAAGUUUUUUCAAGUGAUCAUCGCCAAUAUGAAAAUACAAAUUUUAACAGAGGUAGAAGAAGGAAUCAAAGCCAGGGUAAUGUAGGUUUACCACAGCACGAAAGAGUUCAAAGGUCAUUCAGUUCAGAGGCAGCUGGAAAUCGACGAGAUUUCAAGAAAUCUGAUAGGUACAACAAUUCAGAAAAUUCCAAAGGACAAGAAACGUUGAGGAAUGAACCUAAUGAAAAUAGACAAAAUGAUGAUGGCAAGGGAGAUCAAUCAUGUCAAAAAGAAAGUACUGACAAAAAUAAUGUAAACAAUCAGAAUUUAUCUCCUAGGCCAGUUGUAAAUAAGAAUGCAGUUCCUUGUGUCUUUAGUCCAGGUAGUAAUAUUUACCAAAGUGACCAGUACUUUAGUGCCGCUGAUAAACUUCAAGACGGAGAGGGAAAGUCAAAUGUAAAAACUACUCCUAGUAAAAACUUGAAGAGACACAUGUCUGACAUAAUGGGAAAUCAUUCUGAGUCAAAAGGUGUACAAAAAGGGAAAUCUCCUGUAAGGAGACAAGAAAGUGCACCAGUAGGUGAUGGUAAAGAGAAAACACCAACUAAGAUGGACAAAAUGGACUUCUCUUCAAUAAAGAAGGCGCUUAAUGAAGUAAAAAGUGUAGAUGAUACAUGUAUGAAGGGCAAGGAGGAAAUAAAUCAAAACACAAGUGAAGAUCAAACUAACAAUUCACCAAUUCAAAAUAAAACAAUAGACAAUAAAAUGGAGAGUUCUCCUAUUGAAAGGAAAAGAAGUGUUGAUAUUGGGAAGGAAAAGAUCAGCUCAGUGCAGGAAGUAAUUCCAUCAUCACCAUUACAAAGGAAAAAUAGUAAAGAGAAAGUAUAUGGUGGUAAAGCACAAAGUUCUCCAAGAAGUCGUAACUCAAGCGGAGAUAGUCAGGGUAUGCUGUCACCAAAGACAGAUGUUAAACAGAGGUCAGCCUUUCAAGUAGUGUUGCAACGGGAAGAUCGUUCAUCUGAAACCAGUAAAAUGUCUCCCAAAGACAACCCGUCAUCCCCUCUUGACAGGAAGCGAAGUUCUAGUGGUGACUUAAAACAAUUUGGAAUCCAAAGUCCAGAUGUGAAAGUGAUUGAUAGUACAUAUAAUGCUAUCUCUGAGGAAGAAGGCUCCCUGUCAGGAAGUCCAGACAAAUCUGGAAUAAGUCUUAAGUCUGCUUUAUCAUAUCCAGAAUGGAAACGACUGAAAGCACAGAAAGAUCUAGAACUUCAGAAAGAGAGGGAAAAGAAUCGUAAAUGUAUUGAACUGGCCAAUACACCUGAGGAAUACAGGAAGUUGCUAAAAUUACAAGAAAAGAAAGCUAGAGAGAAAGAGAGAUCAAGGAAAAUAAGUGAAACAGAAACAGAAAAAAAAUAUGUAGAAAAUAAUGAGAAAGCAGUGAAUUCUGAUGAAGAGAUCGAGUCUAGUCAACUACCAACCUUACACAAUAGCCAGAACUCAUUCCAGGCCAUACAAGAUAACGUUGGGAGUGACGAAGAUAUAGAUUUAGAAGAAUCGGAUGAUGAUGAUUUGGAAGCCCCGUCAUUUUUGUUUUCCUUGGAAGAAGCCAGUAACAGACCAAUACCAAGAACACCAACCAAGAUCACACAUCUAGAUUCUCCCGGUCCCUGCAGCCCUGCACCUGAAGCAGACCUGACUGACAUAACAACUAAGACCCUUUUAUCCUCCAAGUUCUCCUUGGACCAGCUGGUGUCAGAGAAAGUCGACAAGUCUGAAGAUCAAAGAGAAUAUGAGGAAAUGCAUGCUAAACUAGAGGAAGGCCUGAAGAAAGGUGGAUUUGUGAAAGAUACAUUGGAAACAGUUGAGCCACAAGAGGAUGAGAUUUUACCAGAACAUGAAAAACAUUUACAAGAGUUCAAGAUAUUGGACAGUGUGAUAUCAGAAGUUCACCCUGGGGAUGUCAUAUUCCAACCAUUGCUACACCAGAGCAGAUUUACUGGGUCCCUGUCUCUACAGACCUGUGGUUAUACACCUGGUACAUCCUUCAUAGAUAAAUAUCUGUCUACCCUCCAGCCUAAGGAUUACAGUCUGUUACUGACCUCAAACAUUUUACAGAAUACAUUAGAGAGUGUUGCUUGCCAGGAAGCUGUUCUAAGAUGGCUGUUUCUGUUAAUGUCUGUACAUAGUAACCAGUUGGUAACACAGGGCUGUCAUAAGACUUUAUUGGAGCAUCUAAACAGACAGAUACAUUUUAAACAGUUACCACAGACAUGGAUACCAGCCAUACCGGAUGUUUUAUCUGUCUUCUGUAAUUAUGGUUGUGAAGUAAGCAGAUUACUACCAGAUAAUAUAGCUGACUCAACAGAAGAGUACAGUAGUCACAUUGUCCAUGAAGAACAAAAUGGAAUGAUUCCAAGGGGAGGAAACUCUAUUUGUAGGAAUCUACACCUUGUCCUCAAUAUCAUUGGACAGUGUUUACAUUCAAGACCAAGGUACAGUAGCAAACAACUGACAGAUCUACUCAUUAUUUUGUGUCAUGUAGCCAUGGACAAGUCACAUAAUAGUGAAGUGUUACCACAUGAAUUCCAAGUUUGUUUAAAAGGCAUUCUGAAAAGUUACAGUUCUAACUACUGGGAGUCUCAUUGUAAUGAACUUUGCCAUACACUGUUUAAAAUCACUGGCCAUCAUCAUAAUAGACAGUACUUGGCCCAGCUAUUACCUGAGGAUAAACGAGGGGCAUACCUACAGAGGAGAUUAGCCUACCUGUAUCUACAGGAUAUGUUUGAUGUGGGGAGAGAUACGGACAUUAAAGAUUAUAAGAUUAAAUGUCUUCAUGUAUAUCUGACAAAGCUACAAAAACUAGUUCCAACUGAUGUAUAUAAAUUAUCAAGUGCAAUAAGUUAUUUAGAUAUAGCUGUGGGAAACAGUGCAAUAAAAGUGGCAGAAAAGGACGAUUUACAGUACCUUUGUGACCAGUUGAAGAAGAUUUCUGGUGAUGUUAAAGACAGUGUUCAGAUGUUAGACAGAAGCUGGGUGAAAGAUAUGAUGGUACGGGUGUGCAGUAAAUGGACUCUUUAUCUAUUAACUGUAGGGAGUAAACAGAAAAGUAUGUUUGCUUACACUAAAAAGAAGACACCUGCAGUAUUUGAAAUCAAAACAGUGGAAGCCUCACAAGGUGAUAUAUCUAGUCAGUCAGAAGGAGAAGAAGAGUCAAAAGAGGUUCCAAAAGACAUUAUAGUGGACAACAGAACACCUAUCAUUACAGAUAUUCAAUGUAUUACGGAUGAAAAUUCAAACCAGAGUCAGUCAAAAACAUUUACUUUAGAUAAUGAAAACUGUGAAAAUGAAUUAGACAAGGAAGUUGAAAAAACUGUUAUUAUAAAAAAUGAAAAACCUGAUAUAAUACCGAUUUCUGAUUCACCAAUGGAAGUUGAUUUAACUGAAGACGAUUUACCAGAUUUAUUGGACCAUUCAUAACCCAUGGAACAUUCUUGUUAUGCUGAGUGCUCAUCAUUGUCUCCAUUUGUCAUUUCAUUGCUUAAAGAUAUAAUAAUUAUUGCUGAUCAAACUUUGCAUCUGACAUGUUAAUAAGCUAUAUUUCAAGUAUUCAAGUUCAAUUUCAAAUAGUUCCUUUUCCUAAUUUCCUUUCACGGUAGCAUUUAGUUUUGGAGUCAACAUUUUACUAUAUCUUUGAAAUUUUGAAAUUUAUAUCCUUACUUCAUUUAAUGAAU